AGAAGGAAAGGUAUAAAGCUGAAUGUUCAUACACAAGAGGCCAACAAAGAACAGAGUAAGAGAAGACAUUAUUUAAUAAGAUGGAGAAUGAAACUGACAACUUGACAAUACUCCUGGGGAUAUCAGAUUGUGAUUACAAUGAAUGGGAACCAUCAGUUGGUUUGAUUCCAGCUACAUACAUCCUGAUCUUCUUUGUGGGCAUCACGGGCAAUGGACUGGUGCUGUGGGCAAGUCAUCAGCGCAGGGACCGACCCAGAUCCGCUGACUCCUUCAUCCUUCAGUUGGCCCUGGCAGAUUUGGCCUUUGUGGUCACUUUGCCUCUUUGGGCUGUUUAUGCGUCAAUUGGCUACCACUGGCCCUUUGGCACAUUUGCCUGCAAGUUAAGUGGCUAUCUGGUGCUGUUAAACAUGUACGCCAGCGCCUUCUGCCUCACAGGAUUAAGUUUGGACCGUUAUAUAGUUAUUGUGCUCUCCCCUGGACCUGGCCAUUCCCGUUCUUCCCUCUAUAGACCGUUAGCCACAGUGGCCACCUGGGCAAGCGCUGGACUCCUCGCUCUACCGGCUUUAAUAUUCAGGAGUACAGGUCAGCCCGAUGAACCCUGGGACAACCGAACCGUGUGCUUUAUGGAUUACUCAUCUGUGGCCAGCAGUGGGAACACACAUUUGUGGGAGGCUGCUCUGGGCUUUUCCUCUACCUUACUGGCCUUUCUGGCUCCAUUCUGUGUCAUACUGUUCUGCUAUGUAGGAAUUGGACGCAGGAUCUCUGGACACUUUCGUUUACCCCUUGUUGCCCAUAGGAAGCGGCGGCUGUUGGCCAUUAUGAUUGGAUUAGUGGUGACUUUUGGUGCAUGCUGGUUCCCAUUUCACCUUGUUAAGAGCGUUUACGUUCUAAUGAAUGCGGAAGUGCUGCCCUUAAGCUGCGCUCUGCACGUGUUCCUGAAUAACCUGCACCCCUACGUUACCUGCUUGGGCUAUGCCAACAGCUGUCUGAACCCUGUUCUUUAUGCCUUCCUGGAUCCUAGGUUUAGAAGUCACUGCCAACGGCUGCUGGGCUGUGGGGGCAAGUUAGGGAACCCUGCAGGGCAGGGGGAGAAAGAUGAUCAAAGGGCAGUUGGGGGUAGCUCAUCUAUUGGAGGUGGAGAUGAGGGGGGGAAAGGAUUGAAAGUUUCCACUGAGGAAGAAGAGUUAGCGAAUAAAGAUUAAGAAUUUAAACCCCUGUUGGAACAUUUAAUAAAAAAACUGUUACCCACCAAUUCCCUAUACUUGCCAUAGGAUCCGCAUUCCUCACAAGCUUGAUCUUUCUAAUAGACUUUAAGCACUUAAAAAAAUAAACUUUGAGCUGAUGGGGAUAAAUCUUAUUGCUGUAAAUUUAACUGUUGAUCAAACAAAACGUUUUAAGUGAACCAAUUACAGCUUUAUAACUGUUGCCAAUACACUAGAAUUUGUAUAUUUUACCACUGAACUGUGAAUGCCUAAUGCAUAAAGUGUAUGGCUUGUAAAUUACUUGUAUUCCUCUGUUUCUCAGAUCUUGUUUAAUCUAUAUACAUUUUGGAAUUAACCGUUUAUAUUAAAUGCUUUUUUUUAAAUUAACAAA